AUGACCCCCCCCGAUUCUGCUACCGAGAGAAAAGCUGAGGGUCUUACCGAGAAGGAGAUCGAAGAUCGGUUGCGCCCGAUCAAGUCUAUCAGGAACUAUACACGGGGUAAUAGUGGUACCGAAGUCCAGCGGCUCGACUCGUUAUUCCUAUGCUGCCUCAUGGCUCCUGUCAACAUUAUGCAUGCCAUUGCAAUCGUGGACUUCAAGAGAGAGGUUCAGCAGAGAUAUGAGCCUCCCAUGACGGACCGUAUCAACGAUACCCGAUAUCCACGAUGCCCAGAUGCACGGAUGGAUCUCAGUUCGGCGACUAUGAGGGAGUGUACACUCCUCCCUGAGAUCGUUAGGCAUGAGUGCGUGGUAGCUACUGCCGAUGGUGGUGAAAAGCUCGAUUGUCCUACUCCUGCGAUUACGGUAUUCACAGAGUUCGCUGUGCGGAUGCUUGGGAAGUCUCUGGCUGAGCUUGGGCUCAUUGUGCGACUCCGUUUGAAGGCGUUAUUGGAUCAUACAGAUUAUGGCAACAAUGCAAUUGUAGAGAGGUGGGAAUUCAUCGGUGUUCUCAAGGACUGGAUACGGGGAUUUCCUAAUUUACACGAUCAACAAGUGCCCGAUGAUGCCAAAAUCCUGCAGUAUUUCCCCUACAGGGAAUGGGCGGAUUUGGGAACAAAACGACCCGCCGGUCAGGAAUUACGUGGGACUUAUCAGUUUCAACAUGAGAUGAUGGCAUAUGACUUGGGGCGGCUGCAAUACAUUCCGGACUAUUUGCUGAGUCACAUCAUCGUUCAAGGUCGGAGUAAGGCAUUAACUUACCAUGCGAUUCAGAACAAAGUUUGGACGAGGAUAUUUGAGUUGGUUUUUGAGCCGGGUAACCAGGAGAUUAUGGCUUGUUAUGAUGCGUGGAGGGAGCGUGCAUCAUCUGAGGAAGUGCUAAAUGCACGGUCAGGGUGCAACACUAUAUUCGAGCCGUUAUUUUCUAUUGAUGCGGGUGCCUACCGAUCCUAUUGUAAAUGUGGCAGAGAUAACCCUGGGAACGUGAUGGAGUCGUUGACGGGCUUCGUUCUGUGGGACUUGAAUGAUGCAACGACGGUUUGGAUACUUCUUCUGAUGGCUAUCAAGUGCUCUUGCCCAGAACUGAAUACUACGCUUCCCAGAGUUAUCCAGAGUAUUGAGGCCAUGGGAAGGGCAGCAUCAUCAGCGCCUAUGGGCUCUGAAGGGGCACUGCGCUCGGAAUAUUCUCCAUGGCUCAAGCUGAUGAUGCGGAGUCUACCUAUGAAAAACGAGGAUUACAGCUACACCAUGCGAUCCACCCCCAGUAGAUUGGGUGGGCUCGUACGAAAGAAGUCGAAUAGUACUAAGAAGGCCGACAAACAGCGUCGAAAUAAGAAUGUGAAGCUAAAGAAGAUGAAACAAACAUGGAUCACAGCUAAGAUGGGAACAUCACGCAGCUUGUAUGUGGGUAACCUAGCUUUAGGACAGGCGAACCAGGCCAACAUACGGACAUUCUUCAACAAUGCCUUAUCGGCUCUACCAGAAUAUCAACAGAAGUACGCUGCUCUGUUGCCGACUGGUGCGGUGAGAGAAGUGAGGAUGUCAGCGGAGGGCAUGUCCGCCUUUGUGGAGUUCGCCUCAGAGGAAAUCGCCGUCACAUGUUUGGAACUGGAUAAGGCCGAGUUCCUUGGACGACCAAUAGAAAUCAGUCGGCCCGCGGGGCUAGUACUACCGGGCCCUGCCCCGCCUCCGAUGGACGUCAGCGUUCUGCGUAACCAGGGUUUCCUACCUAUCAAGGCGAUGCCGACGAAACCUUCGCAGAACCGGAAGCAGCGCGAGCUCUACGUUGGGAAUCUCGCGAUUGGCGUGGUGACACCGCAAGUCCUUCAUGAGUUAUUCGAGCCAGCCUGUAAAGUGCUCCCGGAUUACGACCCAGCUUUGGGGCCACCGGUGUUGCAAGCGGAAAUCAGAGGCGAUGGGAGAUUCGCCUUUGUGGAGUUCCAAAACGACCGACUAGCAACAGCCGCCUUGAGCAUCUUCAACGGGAUGGAAGUACUUGGGCGGCGUUUGAUCGUGAGCCGACCCCAAGGCUUUGUGGAGGGCGGCUCACCCGCUGGUUUCCCGGCUCCGACUGGCCAGCAACAACAAUGGAAUGCCAUGCCUCAACAAGCCAUCGGGGGUUGGGGAAUGACCCCGACGGGCCAGGGUUGGGGUGGGGCUCAGCAGAUGCAACAACACCAGUCCUGGGGCCCUGAAGGUUACUCGGAUAACGCCAAUACUAUGCUUCAACAAGCCAUCGGGGGUUGGGGAACGACCACGACGGGCCAGGGUUGGGGUGGGGCUCAGCAGAUGCAACAACACCAGUCCUGGGGCCGUGAAGGUUACUCGGAUAACGCCAACACUAUGCCUCAACAAGCCAUCGGGGGUUGGGGAGUGACCACGACGGGCCAGGGUUGGGGUGGGGCUCAGCAGAUGCAACAACACCAGUCCUGGGGCCCUGGAGGUUACCCGGAUAACGCCAACAUUAUGCCGCUACAGUUCCCACGGAAUCUCGGAGGUCAGAGUGAUGGUCAAGGCGCGGCCGGCAGCCCGAGCUGGGGCGGAGGCGGCUCGGGCGGUCUUGGGAGGUGGUAA